AUUAUUUUUAGUGAAGAAGCGCUGAAAACCAGUUUACCCAUUUAUCUCUGAUUUCCAAUCACACAUUUAGAGUUUUUUCCAAUCACACAUUUAGAGUUUCAGACAUUCUAUCUCACUCUCCAGAGUCUAGAUAGACUGUCUCUAUCACUCUAGUAAUGGUUGCAAUGGAGAUGGCUUUCCGAGCUGCAGCAACGGCAAAGCCUCCUCCUUGUCCUUCUUCAAACCUACAAAGAACUCCUCCUCUUCUCAAACGAACAACUAAUGGAACUCCUCAUCACCACCAUUCUCGUAAUCAUAUCAAACCCAUUUCACUUUCCAUUCCAACUACAUCAACAGCUGUUUCUCUCUUCACUCUCUUUACUUCUAAUGAUGCCAACGCAUUCAGCUUCUCCAAAGACCAGAUCAUGAAUUCUCUAACUCAAGUGGAAGGAACAAUUGAUCAAGCAGAAGAAGUGGGUUCAGGUGUUUUUGAUUUCACCGGACGUGUUAUUCGAGUGGUGAUUGAUGGGCUGAAACCAACUGUAGAUAUAGCUCUACCAAUUCUAAAAAGUGCUGGAGAUCAAGCAUUGAAGAUAGCCUCCCCUGUAUUUUCCGAAGCAUCUAAAAAGGCCCAAGAAACCUUUCAAAGCUCUGGCUUUGAUACAGAACCAGUUGUUAGUGCUGCUAAGACGGUGGCAGGAGCAGCACAACAAACGGGUAAAGUAAUUCAAGAAGUAAAACCCAUUGCUUCAUCAACUGUUGAAACUCUCUCAUCUACAGACCCAGUUGUGAUUCUAGGGACUGCGGGAGCCCUCUUUGUAACAUAUCUUCUUCUACCGCCAAUAUGGUCGGGAAUCUCAUAUAGUCUCCGUGGUUACAAAGGGAAGCUUACUCCUGCCCAAACCUUAGACCUCAUAUCCACGAAGAAUUACCUUAUGGUUGAUGUUAGAUCGGAAAAAGAUAAGAAUAAGUCUGGUACUCCUCGUCUUCCUUCCAGUGCUAAAAACAAGAUGAUCACGGUUCCUUUAGAAGAGCUCCCAAGCAAGAUUAAAGGAAUUGUGAGAAACUCAAAGAAAGUUGAAGCUGAAAUAGCUGCUUUAAAGAUAUCAUAUCUCAAAAGACUUAACAAGGGUUCCAACAUCGUUAUCAUGGACUCGUACUCUGACACGGCCAAGAUAGUUGCAAAAUCCCUGACAAGUCUUGGCUUCAAAAAUUGUUAUAUCAUGGCUGACGGAUUCUCAGGGAGCAAGGGAUGGGCGCAGAGUCGGUUAGGUACAGACUCACCUAAUCUAUCUUUUGCAGAGGUUAUAUCACCAUCUCGAGUCAUUCCUGCUGUCAGUCGCUUUGGUACAACCGGCUCACGAUCAAAUCAGAAGUUUCUUAGUGGAAGUACCGAGUAAUUAUACAGGCCAUUUGUUGUUUUCUUGCGGUAAAAGAGAGUGUGCUGAUUAUGAAUUGGUGAUUAAUUAGCAUUACCAUAGAGCUUCCUAUACUGUGUUGUAUAUCGAGGAAUGUGUAUCGUGCUGUCUCAUGGUACAAUAUUUGGUAAAUAUAUUGAUAUCAUUUGGUUUAGACCGUGCAA